UUCACUUCUUCUAAGCAGACCGCGUCUAAACUCGCGUUAUGCUUUCUCUCCGCUGUGGGAUGUGUCCUCACAGCAAAUAACGCACCUGGCCAGCCCAAGCAGGUUGUUAAAGUCAACACCUUUGAGAUCGUUGGCAAUAGUAUUGGCAGUGGCCAACAGAUAUCCUUGGGCACCGAGGACAAGGUCUAUAUCAUCGACAAAACGGAAGACAACCCGACGCAAUUAAAUGGCCACCCUGCAUGGGCUGCAGAAUGGUCUGCUAGCUCGAAACAAACGCGUCCCAUGGAUGUUAUCACGAACACUUUCUGCGCGGGAGGAAGCGUCUUGGGCAAUGGGACGUGGCUCAACGUUGGCGGGAAUCAGGCGGUGACUUAUGGUGGCGAUGCUGCUAAAAGCCAAUUGGGUGGAGCACCCUAUAAUGAUCUUGAUGGAGGACAAUCCUGUUUUAGGAUGCUCAACCCGUGCGAUGGCAGCAAUUGUGAUUGGUUCUUGGUCGCACCCAUGACUACAAGGCAUUGGUAUCCUACCCUUGAAACGCUUCAGGACGGAAGCAUCAUUAUUUUUGGAGGAUGCGGAUAUGGAGGUUACGUUAGCGACGCAGGACAAACCAACCCCACUUACGAGUUCUUUCCGAGUCGUGGUCAGCCAGUUGUCUCGCCCAUCCUUCAGAAUACGCUCCCUACAAACCUGUUCCCUCUUAUAUGGCUCCUUCCAUCCGGCAAACUCUUUGUUCAAUCCAACUGGAACACAGUCCUACUUGAUUUGGACCAAAAUAAGGAGACUCCAUUGCAGGAUAUGCCAGAUGCCGUUCGCGUGUAUCCUGCGAGCGCUGGGAGCACGAUGUUACCGUUGACCCCGGAUAACAACUACACGGCGUCGCUCAUGUUCUGUGGUGGUAGUAACAUUAGUACUGAACAGUGGACCCAAAAUUGGGACAUCCCUCACUUUCCAGCAUCUUCUUCCUGCGUCCAGAUUACCCCUGAUCAGUCCCCGAAGUACACCGAGUUGGACGCCUUACCCGAGGGUCGGACGAUGGGAAAUCUGAUUUUGCUUCCCGAUGGAAGAAUUCUGUGUUUGAACGGCGCAAAGACUGGUACUGCUGGCUAUGGAAACACUACCUUUACCAUUGGCCAAUCAUACGCUGACCAGCCAAUUUUGGCGCCACUUAUCUAUGAUCCAAGGGCACCAGCCAGCAAACGCUGGUCUCGGUACGGACUUUCUUCGAGUUCCAUCCCACGAAUGUAUCACUCCUCGGCUACCUUACUUCCAGAUGGUUCAGUCUUGGUGGCAGGUUCCAAUCCCAACAGUGACGUGAAUACCACCGCACCGUAUCCUACCGAAUAUCGAAUGGAGCGGUUUUAUCCUUCAUAUUACAAUCAACGUCGACCGGAACCUCAGGGUCUGCCGAACCAGCUCUCUUACGGCGGCUCAUAUUUCAACGUCACGUUGACACUGGCGGAUCUUUUCGGUAACGUAGACAGCAUCCAAACAGCCAAAGUUAUAGUUAUGAGGACCGGGUUCUCUACGCAUACGAUGAACAUGGGCAUGCGCUCAGUACAGUUGCAAAGCACCUUCACGGGAAACCUCGAUGGAAGUGGAGUGCUUCAUGUUAGCCAGUUGCCUCCCAACGCGGCCGUCUUGCCUCCCGGUCCCGCACUGUUAUUCGUGGUCGUCAACAGUGUCCCCUCCGUCGGUAUUCAGGUCAUGUGCGGGUCUGGCAAGAUCGAGAAACAGAAUAUGCUUCCUGUGCAAAGUCUGCCAUCGGCGAACAUUAUUCAACACCAGGAGGGACAAAAGCAGAUCUCCGGCACGAGCUUCCUGGUCCAUUCUUCCAGAAGCGUUCUGGUCAUCAUUAUGAAAUAUAUCGCAGCGGUCUCCGCUAUCUUACUUUUUUCAAGCUAGCAAGCUGGUACGCGUCAUGUUUUGAGUUACAGACAUGCUAUGGACUACGCGUUACCCAUAUUUUUGAUACCUUUGCAUAUCGUUUUUGAAUCACGGACACUACAUCAUACAUUCGGUCGUGUACAUCAACCAUAGAACGCGC